GUUUUUCUGGCUGCGGCUUGGCAGCGGACUAUUUUUGCGUCGCGGUGGAACAGUGACUGGCGGUAAUGCGAGUGUGGGAGGAACUUCUGGCGCAAUCUUAACUUGAACCCGACUAUUCAAAAGAGACCCACGCAGGAAACACCCCGUGUAUUUUAUCCUGGCUUUGGUAGACUGCAGUCGCAGGCUCUUCACUGAAGAGUGCUCCGUGGUAGUGUGAACACCCAAGAGUAAUGGAGCCAUUUGAAAUACAAAUACGCGGAGCGAGGUCUGCCUGGAGCAGCAUCUGGAGUGUACCCCGCAACCGGUGCUACAUCGUCGUCUCCAUUAUUGGUGCCCUUCUGCUCUUCACGCUAGUGCCGCUCAUAGUGGAAUUAGCGAGGAAGCACAUCCCGCCCUCAAACUACAUCCCAGCGGAACUGCACCAGUGGAAGACAUGGCGGGAGCGACCUCAAGGUAAGGAGCUUGCCGCCCCUCGGAUUCUGAUUUGGUUCAGCCCUGACUUUCACCGGCCGGAAGAAACUCGCCUCCUCGUCAAGGGCCAGCUUCCCACACGCUGGUGUCCUCAGAAGCCAGGGCGUCGGCUUUGCUACGUCACCAAAGAUCACUCGUACCUGGAAACAAGUGACGUGCUCGUAUUCGCAGCCAGUAACAUGGAUGAGCACAGCUUGCCGCAUUCCCGCCACCAGCUGCAACCGUGGGUCUUCUGGACGCGAGAUCGUGCGCCACUCAACUUGCCGCCUGCCUUGGAUCUCGUCUCAUCUCAGUUCAACUGGACCAUGAGCUACCGGGCCGACAGCGACAUAGUACUUCCGUACAUGAGUUUUACUAGCAAGCAGGUUUCGUCCGUCCCCGCAGACUUCCAGGCCCUGUGGAAACAAAAGAGUCGCCUUGCCGUGUGGCUCCUGAGUGACUGCGAACCGGCCUUGAGGGUAGACGACAACAUCGUCGACAAGAGCAGCAGCAGCGAGGAUUACACCAAGGAGGUAAUCAAGGCGGUCGAGACCCAUGUGUACAGGAAGUGCGGAGCAGACCAUUGUGGCGUCUGGGACGGGUGCCUGAGCAGUCUGCAGCACGAGUUUCACUUUCUUUUUGUCAUGGAAAGCUCCGCAUGCUUCGAAGAUCCAACCGAGAUUAUCUACGAUGCGUUCAAGUACGAUAUCCUUCCCGUGUAUUUUGGCCGGCGGGACAUCAGCGCCCGCCUGCCGCCGAACUCCUUCUACGACACGACUAAUGCUGCUAGCGCCUUCGAAAUCAUCGAUGCGCUCCUUCACAUCUCCAAGAACUUCGAUCGCUACAACAGCUACAUGGCGUGGAAGGCCCGGUACGAACUAGUGCCAGCAGAAGACGACCUCUGCCUCCUGUGCGACCGCAUGCACCAGAAGAUCGAGCAGCACGUUAUGCAGCCCAAUAUUGUCGGCUGGUGGAAAUCACGCAGGGAUUGUUCUGCAGCUCCCGAUGUCCUCACUCAUGACGUUGAUAUCGAUAAUGUUGGGUCAUAACUGCCUUCAUUACACUUCCUUUGCUCUUCGUGCGUAAUCCUUCGUCUUUUUCUGUGUCGGUGUAUUUUAUCGAAUGUGUUCUUCAAUAAAGUAUUUUCGAAGUCGGA